AUGUGUCUUCACGUCAAUCUUCCGGCAGCACGCUGCGUGUCCACCCCCACCCCCAGUGCGCAGGCGCGGGGAGAGCUGCUGGAGGGCAUGGCGGCCGAGGCUGGCGCGCCGCGCUGCUUCGUGUUGGCUGGUGGAGGCGAGAGCAGCGACAGCGAGGAUGACGGCUGGGAUAUUGGGUACCUCGACCGGGCCUCUCAGAGAUUCAAAAGGCCAUUACCAAUUGAAGAAAAGAAUGAAACAUUUAAAAAAGCACUGACCACGGGAGAUAUUUCCUUAGUGAAGGAGCUCCUGGAUUCUGGAAUUAGUGUAGAUUCCAGCUUUCGAUACGGAUGGACUCCUCUUAUGUAUGCUGCUAGCAUUGCCAAUGUAGAGCUGGUUCGGUUUCUUUUGGACAGAGGUGCUAAUGCAAGCUUUGAUAAGGAUAAGCUAACUGUUUUGAUAACUGCAUGUUCUGCUCAUGGCUCAGAGGAACAGGUCUUGAAGUGUGUAGAGCUGCUGCUUUCACGAAAUGCUGAUCCAAAUGUUGCUUGUAGGAGACUCAUGACACCAAUCAUGUAUGCUGCCAGGGAUGGUCACACACAGGUUGUUGCUCUCCUUGUUGCCCAUGGGGCAGAAGUUAAUGCCCAAGAUGAGAAUGGCUAUACCGCCUUAACAUGGGCAGCACAUCAAGGUCAUAAAAAUGUAAUUUUGAAGUUACUUGAACUAGGAGCUAAUAAAAUGCUACAGACCAAAGAUGGAAGGACACCAAGUGAGAUUGCAAAAAGAAAUAAACACUUUGAGAUCUUCAACUUUCUUUCUUUGACUCUAAAUCCAUUGGAAGGAAAACUUCAACAGCUAACAAAAGAAGAGACUAUUUGUAAACUAUUGUCAGCAGAUUCUGAUAAAGAAAAAGAUUCUAUAUUUAGUUCAUAUACAGCACUUGGAGAUCUGGAAAUAUUUUUACAUGGUCUUGGACUUGAACAUAUUACAGACGUAUUAAAGGAAAGAGAUAUAACUUUAAGACACCUUUUGUCUAUGAAAAAAGAUGAGCUUACAAAGAAUGGAAUUACCAGUAAAGAUCAGCAGAAAAUUCUGGCUGCUCUUAAAGAACUGGAGGUGGAAGAGAUAAAUUUUGGAGAGUUACCUGAAGUGGCAAAGUUGGAAAUCAGUGGUGAUGAGUUCCUCAGCUUCCUUCUGAAAUUAAAUAAACAAUGUGGCCAUCUAAUAACAGCUGUGCAGAAUAUCAUCACUGAGCUACCUGUAAACUCUCAUAAGAUAGUACUAGAAUGGGCUUCUCCCAGAAAUUUUACUUCAGUUUGUGAAGAACUAGUUAACAAUGUUGAAGAUUUGAGUGGUGAAGUCUGCAAACUGAAAGACUUAAUUCAGAAGAUGCAGAAUGACCGGGAAAGUGAUCCAACUCACAUACCAUUAUUAGAGGAAGUAUCUACAUGGAAGAGUAAAAUUGUGAAGAGGACAACUGUUACAGUAUGCGGAUUUGGGCUGUUGCUUUUCAUUUGCAAGCUAACUUUCCAGAAAAAAUAA